AUGGGCACAAAAUUGUUAAAUCUAAGGAUUCAAUUUGAAUCAAUGAAUGCAUUCCUCACAAGGAACCCAUCAAUUUGUCUUAGAAAUCAAACUUUUAGGGCUUUCUCGUCCCACAAAUUGUCACCCACGAGAUCAAACAAAAGCUUAACUAAUGCACUGGGAGUCCUUAACCUUGUAUCCCCACAAAAACGUGGUACUGAUGUUGAGAGUCGUCAAAGGCAUCUUAGGGUCAUUGAGAACAUGUUGGAAAACUAUGCAACCACAACAAUUCCUCUUGGUCACAAUUCAGCUACUCUUGGGACUACAACUGAAAUGACUAAUCAGUCCUCUGCUCUACAGAUGGAACGAAGGUUCGGAGUUGAUGUGUGCUUCUUCUCACAAGCUGUGAGCUCCUGUGGGUCCAAGCGUGACCUUCGGGGAGGAAUUCAGUACCACUGCUUAGCUAUAGCAACUGGGUUCAUUGCCAAUGUUUAUGUUGGAAGUUCUUUGAUAAGUUUGUACAGCUGGUGUGCCUUGUUGGAUGAUGCAUACCGUGCGUUUGAAGAAAUGCCUGUGAGAAAUGUAGUUUCAUGGACGGCUAUUAUUGCUGGGUUUGCCCAAGAAUGGCGUGUUGACAUGUGUUUGGAGCUGUUUCAUCAAAUGAGGGGAUCGGAUUUGAGGCCAAAUUAUUUUACGUACACUAGUCUUCUAAGUGCUUGUAUGGGCAGUGGAGCACUGGGACAUGGAAGAUGUGCUCAUUGUCAAAUAAUUCACCUGGGUUUUCAUUCUUACCUCCACAUUGAUAAUGCUCUAAUUGCUAUGUAUUCCAAAUGUGGAGCAAUUGCUGAAGCCUUGUACAUAUUUGAAAAUAUGGAGGGCAGGGAUGUUGUCACAUGGAAUACCAUGAUUAGUGGCUAUGCGCAGCAUGGGCUUGCACGAGAGGCAAUUAAUCUCUUCGAAGGGAUGUUAAAGCAAGGUGUCAAUCCUGAUGCUAUUACUUACCUUGGUGUCUUAUCCUCGUGCCGGCAUGGAGGUCUUGUCAAAGAAGGCCAAAUUUACUUUAAUUCCAUGGUUGAUCAUGGUGUGCAGCCAAAACUAGAUCAUUAUUCUUGUAUUGUAGAUCUUCUUGGUCGAGCUGGUUUACUUUUGGAGGCUCGUUAUUUCAUCCAAAAUAUGCCUGUUUUUCCCAAUGUUGUAAUAUGGGGUUCACUACUUUCGUCCUCUAGGCUUCAUGGAAGUGUUCGGAUUGGCAUCCAGGCAGCAGAAAGUAGGUUGUUGCUGGAACCGGGUUGCUCAGCUACACUUCAACAGCUAGCGAAUCUAUAUGCAAGAGCUGGUUGGUGGAAUCAGGCAGCACGAGUGCGAAAAUUAAUGAAAGACAAAGGUCUAAAACCAAAUCCUGGUUGUAGUUGGGUUGAAGUCAAAAGCAAAAUCCAUAGAUUUGAAGCACAAAAUAAGUCAAACAGCAGAAUGACAGACAUUGUUUUGAUAAUGAAUAGUCUGAUAGACCACAUGAAUAGUUUAGACCUUCAGUCUCAGAUGUGUGAGGAGGAAAAUAUCUGGCUUUCAGUUUCACAAUGUUAA